AUGGCAGCGCCGCGACUGCCAUUUCUCUAUCCCCAGCUGUUCCGGUCGGUCGGGACCUACGAGACCGGCGCUCGUUCCCUUCGCUUUACUACUUUCACUGUGACCCGUCAUCGCAACCAGAGCACCGUUACCCGCCGGCAACCACAGUCCAUAGAAUCCAAGCUACCUCCACCGACACAGCCCAAGAAACGAUCCGCGAGGCAAUCAAGCAGUUCAUCGCUCAAUCGCAAUACAAACCCGAAAGCGCAGAAAGAUAACACGAGAGGGGACUCGGAGCAGCCUAGUCAAGAUAUCAAAGACGGAAACAAGGAGGACGCUACGAAAAGUACCAAAUCCUCGGAACCAUCUACACAAUUACUUGACAAGAAUGAAGUGCCAUGUGGCGCUUCAAAAAAUUCUGUAGAUCCAGCGCAAAUGCCUCGAGAGGUGCCACCACCAAAGAAUCCAAUGGACGCCGUGCUGCAAAUGCCACCGCCUUCUGAUUUGGGCCUUGCAAGAUUGCAUUCAAACGGGCAAGAGGUUCCGCAUUUAGAACCGGCACCAUACAUUCAUCAUUUCGAUACGUAUACACUUGUCAAGAAUCUGCAGGAGGGUGGAUUCAGUGAGGAACAAGCUAUCACGCUGAUGAAAGGAAUUCGAGGCAUUUUACAGGAGAAGCUGGAUUUGGCCGAACGGACCCUUACAUCAAAAUCCGACAGUGAAAACGAGGAAUAUCUGUUCAAAGCUGCAUGUUCAGAGCUACGAUCGUCGCUAGAGGCGUCUCGACAUCUAGAAGUGGAGAGACAACGAAGCUCCAGGACGCAGUUACAGCACGAAGUGGACAUACUAAAUAUGCGAAUUACACAGGAAUUGGCAAAAAUGAAUGAUGAUCUAAAAGGGAUGUGGAAUGAACAUAAGAUGACUACCCGAGAACAGCAACAGGGUCAGGACACGGGCAUCCAGGAACUCAACUACAAGAUUGCUGUUUCUCUGGCAAGUGAUGGAAAGAGUGAAGCCGAAGGACUGAGAUGGGUCUUGACAAGGCGAGCAGCAUUCGCCAUUGUCUUCAGUGCUAUGAUGGCCAUCACGUUCUUGAAAUUCUGGUCUGCUCGUUCACACGAACUGGAAAGAAGGCAAGCCGCCGCAAAAGAAAUAGCCAAGCUAGAGACCGUGAAAGAUGCAGCGGUCCAGACCGAACCUUCGCUCUCUGACACGCUAGCGAGUGAGACAUUAGGAUGAGCCAGUAUAUAUACGAGCAUUAUACAUUACCUUCGGCAUCUUCUCAUCGUUCUCUCUUUAUACCUUUCUUUAAACCCGAUGGUUUCUUUUGUCUCUUUUGUCACUGUACAUAUAUUCAUCUCACCCGAUGACUGGUUUGUUGGCUCAACCCAUAUGACAGCACGCUUGAUACCCGAUAGAUAUUAGACCUGACGCAUAUCCUUCGAAAAACAAUAGAAUAAUGCCACGCACUACAUCUCAUG